AUUGAUCAGUGGAGUCUCACGUGAGUCAAUCCAAGAUGGCGGUCUACCAAGAUUUUGUGGCAGCAUACAAAGACUGGCCCGCUACAGUCAUGGCUGUGGAUUGCACGGGCCAGUUUACUGUUUUAGGAUCACGGAAAGGUUUAGCAUUUAUUGACCUGAAUGCUCCUCAUACAGUAACAAAAAAGGUGUCAAGGAACAGCAAAUGGGAAUGUGGUGCCGUGGAAUGGAAUCCUCAUUUGACACAUGCUCAUAUAUUUGCUUAUACAUCCAACCAAAAACUAGAAAUUUGGUCCUGGAGAGAUGGUAAUGACUUACAACAACACAUUCUUAGGGGCCACACAAGAUCAAUAAGUGACUUGAACUGGUCAUGGUUUGACCCUCAGCUUCUUGCCACUUGUGCAAUGGACCAGUACAUUUAUAUUUGGGACUUAAGGGAUGCAAAAAAGCCAGCCAGCUCACUUCAGGCCAUUGUUGGGGCAUCUCAAGUCAAAUGGAACAGAGUAAAUCGACAUGUGCUUGCCACCAGCCAUGAAGGAGAUGUGAGAAUCUGGGACUUGAGGAAAGGUAACACCCCUGUGGUGUACGUCACAGCCCAUCUUUCUCAGAUUUAUGGAUUGGAUUGGUCUCGCUCAAGUGGAACAAUGCUCGCAACAUGCAGUAAAGACUCUACUGUCAAGUUGUGGAGUACAGAAAACCCUCGGCAGCCAGAAGACAAGCUGAAGCUGACUGCAAAUGCUCCUGUGUGGCGGGCCAGAUUCACUCCAUUUGGUGAAGGUCUCGUAACUCUCACUUUACCUCAGAUGAGGCGAACCACAGAAAAUAGCUUAUCUCUGUGGAACAUCAGCUCACCCGUGUCGUCCCAAGUGAAUACGUUUGUUGGUCACAGUGACGUUGUUUUGGAAUUCCAGUGGAGAUCUCAAAUGAUGGAAGAUGAGGAACAGUUUCAGCUCAUCACCUGGGGAAAAGACCAAACCUUGCGAAUGUGGGCGAUGGAAUCCAAAUGGAUCAUGGCCUGUAAUGGAGAUGUUGAGGUUAAUUUUCCAUCUAAAACCGCAAGUGCAUCAAGUCCUUCCAAGCGUGACGAUUUGAUUGAGUCCGUCUUAUUAGAUUCUGUUAUAAUUGAUUCGGUUGAUGUGAUCCCUGACAUGGCUGUGCAACCACACACUUUACAGCAGGAGUUUGCGCUUAUUAACGUAAAUAUUCCUAAUGUCAUUGUUGAACAGAUGGACGCUGGACAUAGGAGCUGUACGGUGAACGUUACCAAUGGCCGUAAUGUUGUAUCGCUGGUAAUAAACUUCCCAUCUCACUAUCCUAAUAAUGCCAUACCAUCAUUUGAGUUUACGCCUGAUACCUCCAUUGACGUCAGUACUAAAACCAAGCUCAUGAAGACUUUACGUGAGACGGCUCAGACGCAUGUGAAGUCAAACCAAACAUGUCUUGAGCCAUGCCUCAGACAACUCGUCAGCCAUCUUGAAGAAUUAACGCUUCAAGAAGAUUUACCCACGGACCCAUUGGCGUCCUCUGCACCCCCGUUUCACGGCAGACUCGACCCAGUCUCGUAUGGUAGCUACCUGGACGCAGCCGUUCCAUUCCCGCGCACCUCUGGGGCCAAGUUUUGUGCAUGUGGACUACUUGUGUGCUUCAAUUUACCAGGAAGGUAUAGUGGCCGUUUGGGUUCUGGUGGAGAGCCAACUCCCAGGUCCCUUUCGGCCUUCUCUGCGUACAGCUCUCGCCCCAGUAGCGGACCAGCUCUUCCUCCCCUCAUCAACAGCUCGCUUCAGAAAUACAGACCUACAUUUAGUGCAUUUGGACAUCAAUCGUCUGCAAGGAAUAUGAUGUUCAGGUCGUUUAACCAGCAAGGGGAUUUAAAUGAUGCACAAAAAUACAGUGGAGUAACCUCAAGGAAUAGUGAUGUUGGCCCCGUUGUGAUUCGUGACGUCAGUGCUUUGAUGCCCAUUCACCAGUCGUUGGGACAAGCGUACACGCUUGAAGGAAAGAAAAUCACUGAAAUUUGUAAAAAGAAUCUGGCGGCUGCAAUGACAACUGGCCGCAAAGACCUGGUACAGACGUGGUCGCUUUUGAGCUCAGUCCUCGAUAACAAGCUCGCACCCACUGAUUCGAUGGAUGAGUCGCCCUGGGCACUACAUCCAUUUGGAAGGAAAAUGAUCAAAUCCCUAAUGGAUUACUACUUACGCAUCCGGGACAUUCAGAUGUUAGGAAUGCUGGCUUGUGUCCUGGCCCACCCCUCCCUCCCAGAACCUUUCAAACCUCCUAAAGUUGACUUUAAGCCGGAUGUCAUUGCAUCAAGCAAGCCGUUAACUUAUGGCUCGUCAUCAUCACAAGUCACUGAUACUCCUUAUCAAUCCCAUAAGCGACCAAAAUCUGUUGGGAGUGUCAUAGAAGAGGAGCCAGUUGAUAUGUCUCCAGCGGAGGAGCAGUGGAGCGAGAUUUCAUUUCCUUAUAGUGGUGGCUGGUCGCCGCCUGUGUUCAUUCGAGCAAAGAAUCCGCAGGAAGAACAACGCAAGCAGUACGAGAAUGAUUGUCGAUUUGUUUACAAUUCAGAACUUCGGUUAUAUGACCACUACAUGAACCAAUAUGCUGAUGUUCUGUACCGCUGGAAUCUGCUGGGCAAGAGAGCUGAAGUCAUCAAAUUUUUAAGUGAACCUCAAAAACCACACAAGGGAGUAGAAUUCAGUACCCGCUGUUACAACUGUCCUCAGAAGUUUCGUGGAGCUCAGUGCGGCACUUGUAAAGCGUUGGGUUUUCAGUGCGUAAUAUGUCAUGUGGCUGUUAGAGGCGCUAGUAAUUUCUGUGUGGCGUGUGGUCAUGGCGGUCAUACAUACCAUCUUAUGACGUGGUUCGAAACAAUGGACGUCUGCCCGACAGGGUGUGGCUGCCGGUGUUUAGAAGUUGGCACAUUUAUCGUCGACUGACUGCAUUCGUAUACAAGUUGGUGGAACAACUAUCAUAACUACGACCACGUGCACCAAAAGAUUUGGAAAUAAGAGCAAAUGAAACUCGAUUGAGGAGUAUUUGUACCGGAAAGUGCCCUCUAGAUUCUUCAAAGUCGCAACCGCAAGCUCGGUGCAGAGGAGGUUUCCAUUCCGUUGCCGUCUCAAGACUAACUCACAAUAGAAAGACGCCAUUUAAGGACAGGACCCCGAAACCCCGAAACCCCGAUGUAAACGACAGAGACGUAAUGAGCGGAACGAAUUUCCGUGGUGAAGUUCAGAUUUGUUUAUUGCUGUUUACUUAGAUUAUCCUUGAUAAAUUUCUUCAAAAACAGGAAAAAGUGUUUUGCCCGGCUGGAAAACUACAAGAAAAAUAUUCUCUCCCACUGCGGUCUCAAGAACAGUUCCAUGUGUAAAGUAAACAACAAUUCGUGUAUCAGUCAAGCGUACCAUUUUAGAAUUUGUUUUUUGAACUAUAAAUCGUUCGCUGGGUAACAGUGCCUUUCCGCCACAAUUAUGACCCCCAAUUUAUUUUUUAUCUAGCUAACGAGUCUGAUAAUCACCACUCAUAUUGUAAGUACAGUCAAAUGUCUUUGAGAAAUUUUCUUCAGCGGGAAAUUGAUGAUGUAGAGGGUCACAACCAUUUCAAGUGUUUUCGGCUGAAAUCUUUUGUUUGGGUUACGGAUUUAGUUGUCAAAGGAUUGCGAAUCGUAAACCACUUCAUACUACGACUUUAAAUCUGACCUCUCGUGAAUAACAGACCGCCUUCCUCGGCCAGGCUGCUAAGCCUAACAUUUCGCUCGGUGUUUCAUGAGGGGUUGGACUAAGGUUUGAGAGGUCAUGGAAAUUUUUAAACUCUCACUCCCUCGUUAAUUUUGUUUCUCCCUUACUUAAUUAAAAGAAAAAACAUCUUGUUGAUGCCACUUUCGAAGGUUAAUCCCCUUAAAUAUUUUUUUUUUGCUUGCGGAAGUUAGACCGGGGAUAAUCAGGAAAGAUCUGAUAAUGUGGGAAGCAAUAACACAGAAAAAAAGUAUUAUCGUCCUUUUUUACAAUAA